AUGUCUCCCACCAUGGUGGAGCAUAACACCUUGGAUACCAUGUGCUUGAACAAAUACUGCAACAGCUCCUCCUCGUCGUCCAGCUCCGAGAACGACAAGAAGAUUCUGACCAAGCUGAAGCUUAGCGUGGCAGAUGACUACCCGAAGAAGAACGCGGAGAUCUUGAGCGGACAGUAUGGGACCAACGUGCUGCUGAUCGGAGCGGCGCUCAUGCUGGCCCUGGCCCACCACAGCCCCUCGGUCAAGGAGGAUCACCUGCUGUCCUUCAUCACCUGCCUCAUGAUCCUGCAGCUCAUUUGGAUGAUGUGGUACAUCCUGGUGCGAGACAGGCACGAGCACACGCGCACUGAGAAAGAUGUUCACGCCACCACAUGCUGGAUCAGAGGUGGUUUGACUCUUCUUGCACUCCUCUCGUUGAUUAUGGACGUGUUUCGAAUCGGAUAUUAUGUUGGUUAUCAAUCUUGCGUGUCGGCUGUUCUCGGGGUGUAUCCUGUCAUCCAUGCAACUCACACUAUAGCACAGGUGCACUUUCUCUGGUUUCACAUCAAAGAUGUCAUCAAGAGUUUUGAGACAUUCGAGAGAUUUGGUGUAAUCCAUGCAGUCUUUACCAACCUCCUCCUGUGGUGCAGCGGUGUGAUGUCAGAAGCCGAGCACUUUUUGAACAACCAUAAAAGAAGGCUCUCUGCCCUGGGCUAUGGAAACCUCACUAUAGUUCAUACGGAGCUUGACUGUAACUGCACCACCAGCACGUGCUCCAUGUUCUCCAGCAGCCUCUACUAUCUCUAUCCUUUCAACAUUGAAUACCACAUCUUUGUCUCCGCCAUGCUCUUUGUUAUGUGGAAGAACAUUGGCCGGACCAUUGACCUGUCUUCAAAUCGGAAAAGGCUUGCAACUAAAACCCAAGGUUUGACCCUAGGACCCAUUCUAGGUCUUGUCGCCUUUGCCAGCACUAUUGGGAUUUUGGUGGUUUACAUAACGCAUGUGGAGGGGUCCCUCCAAACACGGCGGUCUGCCAUUUCCAUGUUCUACAUUUAUGGCAUCGUCAUGCUUGUGUUUAUGUGCUCUGCCUGUGCUUCGGGUCUGCUCAUAUACCGAGCAGAUCACAUGCCACUGGACAAUUCGAAGAACCCCUCCAGGCAGCUGGACACAGAACUGUUGUUUGGCUCCUCCAUUGGAUCCUGGUUCAUGUCAUGGUGCAGCGUUGUGGCUGUGCUGGGAGCCAACAGCAGCCCCCCUUACCGCUGGACCAAUUUUACCUAUUCUCUGCUCGUUGUGUUGGAGAAGUGCAUCCAGAACCUCUUCAUCAUUGAGUCCCUCUACCGCCAGCAGGAAGAUGCUGGGCGGGACGACCCAGAGUUGGCGGCGUCACCAGAAAUCUUCUCAGUGACGUCGUCUCUGGCUCCACCUUACAACGGCAUCUUCAACCGAGCCUAUGACGCUCCUGACAGAGCUUGUGUCGCCAUGGAGAGCGAGCAGGAAGAGAACGGACAGGUGUACAAAUGUCCAAGGAAGCCCUCUGACCAUCCUCUGCCCUUCGGAAAGCAUGCGGUGGAAGCCCCAAACAUGAAGAGGCAAAUCCUGAAAAACAUUGCCGUCUUCUUGAUUAUGGGCAACAUCUCGCUGUGGAUCCUCCCCGCUUUUGGUUGUCGGCCACAGUACGAAAAUGGGCUGGAACAGGAGACCUUCGGCUUCAGCGUAUGGACUACAACCCUCAAUUUUGCGGUUCCUUUAAACCUUUUCUACCGCAUGCACUCAGUGGCUUCUCUCUUAGAGGUCUUCCGGCGGGUCUGACUUGAGAAACAGACAAUGGGCAAUGCACAAAAACAAAAACUUGCCACCCGCCGGCUCCUGUGAGUGUUUCACAGCAUGGCUCAAACAUUCCCCACUUGAAAGUAAGCCAUGGCAACACACACGGCAUACUGUAGAUUCCUUAGUGUAAGGAUUAUUCAACAUAUUAACCUGUGUUCCUUGAAGAUGACCUUGUACAGUGUGGGGUUUUGAAAGACUCUUAAAGAAUUUAUAAAGGGGCUUUUUAUGCGGUUUGUUCUUUUUCAGUUAGUCUUCUUGACUUUGCGCGUCAUCCUGUGACACGCACAUUACGUGCACCCGAUUGUAUUGUCGACCUCAUGGUUUAAAAUACAACAUGAUCUGAUAGCACUGUACUUUCUAAUAUGUGCAAUGUUGCAACCCUUUAUCCAUCGUUGAUAUGCAUUUGGAAUGCAAAUUGUUCAUGAAUGAUGUUCUCAUUUACUACGGUAGAAAUAUAUAAUGCAUUUUUUUCCCUUAAAGUCUCAGUAUAUUUUAAAAUCUCAGAGGACAACCUCAGCUCGGUACCAUGUAUUUAGAACUGUAAGCACUCCCUGAGAGAAACGACGCAUGCCAAGAUCUGUGUUUCGGAAAAUAUGGCAUAAAAUUGUCCAAAAGGUUCCACAUCUCCACCGAGCUGCAUGAAAAUACUGUGUUUAUUUGAUCCCAUUGUAAUGCUGAGCUUUUGGGACCAUUUGACGUAUAGUUCUCAACAUAAUCUAGCCUUUGUAUCCCAGUAUACCAAGGGUGCAAUUGCUAAAACCAUUAGUUUUGACAUUUGGUGCUUCUAUGGCAAAAAGCAGUAAAAUGCCCACUGGGUUAUACUUGUAGUUCCAGAAUUAUUUAGAAUUCAUAUGUGACAUGCUGGUGAAAUACAGCACCAGAUGUAUAGUAUGUUUACGUUUCCUUUGAAGGUAAAUGGCAGUUUGUUAAACGGACUGCAUUUUUGUGUUUAUUCUAUCGUCAAGGUUUUCAGAGUGCUUAGCCUUAUUCAUCCAGUACAGUCGUAACCGUUUCAUUUUCACCCUGAUGGGUGUUCAGACACCCAUCAGGGUCAGGAUUUGUGGUGCAGCCAGGAAUUGAAUCAUAAAUCAAAUGCAAAGUCUAUCACUUGAACCAGGCUUGAGUUCUCGUUUAGAGAUUUACACUAAUUGAUUCAUUGAGU